AUGCGUCGCUCUCUACUGUCGCCCCGGGCUGUCCGCCUGUUGUCGCCCGCCUCGCCCCUAGCCUCCUCUCGCCGCUGUUUUGCCCUGUCCACCCGCCGACCACAAGAUGCCCCCGUGACACCACAAUCCGCAACACUGCCUGAAGCUGCUGCCGACUCUCCUCCUGCAGACCUCCCUACCGCCUCAGGAACUGCUCGCGUCUCGGUCAAGGCUUCUCGCAGGGACUCGCCCAAGCUCAGCGCUCUCCACGCCCGUCUCUCGCUUCCGCCGCGCUUCCCCAAAGAGACCCUAGGACGUUGUCUAGUACAUCCCUCGGCCGACCGCAACCCUCUACACAACAAUGCUUCUCUCGCCGUCAUUGGCCAGGACCUGCUCGCCUACUACACCGCCGAAUGGCUGUUGUGCAACUACCCUCGCUUGCCCACCGCCGUCCUGUUCGCCGCUCAGUAUGCCUACUCAGGUCCCCGUACUCUCUCGGCCAUGCGUGAGGAAUGGGGUGUCGAGUCAGUCGCUGCUCCUGGUAUAGAGGUUGAUCCCGGUCUUUUGCAAUAUGCCCGCCAGAAGCCCGGCAACGCCAUGGCCGAAGGUGCCAUGCUUCGUCUGAAGGACAUGCCAUCUGCCGAUACAAAGUCCGCCUCUGCCCGUCCUAACUCACAGUGGAACUACCGUCGCGGUCUGUCUUCUCGCAUUGUCUACGACAACCAGUUCGGCGACUUGCACGAAGACCCAACCUCUGCUUCUACCUCAGCCCAGAGCCCUGAUGGCGCCGUCACCACCGAGGAAGCUUCGGCAAGCUUCAUCAACGCCGUCUUUGGUGCUUUGUACCUACACGCUGGCGCCCAAGCCACACAGGCCUUCCACAAGGCUCACAUCCUCUCGCGUCACAUUCCUCUGCACACCCUCUUCUCCUUCACUCACCCAACUCGCGACCUUUCUCGCUUGUGCGCGCGCGAGGGCUUCGAGCCGCCAGUCGCCCGUCUGCUUUCCGAGACUGGUCGUCACUCUCGUAGUCCCGUCUUCGUCGUCGGCGUUUACAGCGGCAGCGACAAGCUAGGAGAAGCCGCUGGCUCAAGCCUGGACGAGGCUCGUGUCCGUGCCACUGCUGCUGCUCUUCGUUCGUGGUACCUCUACUCGCCUCCUCGUGAGAACAUCGUUCUGCCCAGCCAGUCCGCCACUACUCAAUGGAAACCUCAAAUGAUUGACAUUGGCGAGAUUGUCACUUGA